AUGCAGAAAAUAUUGAAUAAGGAUGAGUGAGUUUUUCUUUUUUUCAAAAUUCCAAUACAAAGUUGUUCGAUUUUCAGAAUCUCUGCGAUUUCGCAACUCAUUUUGAAGGCCAAAAACAUCGAUAGCAAAUUAGUCAAAGCUGUGAUGAUAAAAAGAAAUUGGGUGAAUUGUCCGAUUUUGGAAGUUUCGGGAAGAAUGGGACCGGCUGAAUGGAGAAGGAAAAAAGUGGAUUCAGUGGAGGAGAUUUAUAAUAAACCGCAUGUUAAGAUUCGAUGUUUGAAUGAUGAAACAAAGUGCGUUUUUAGAGGUGGAAUUUCGUGGGAUUCGAAGGUUUUUCUCUGAGAAAUUCAUAUUUUCAUUCUAUAUUUAGAUUACAAAAAUUAAGGAUAUUUGAAGAAUUUAAAGGGUGUUUCUAGACUGAAAGUACUGAAUAUUGUGAAUAUUGUCUGGAUUCUCGCGUAAAAUACUAAACUAUUAUUUUUUUGAUUUUCAGAGAUUUGGACAUUCUUCUCUCAAACGAAGCCGAAACUUUAUACACCGUCGAAGUCAAAGCAAUUCUAUAUGGAAUUAUUUGGGCACUUCAUAAUGAAAUGCGACAAAUUCAAAUGAAAAAUACAAAUGAAGUUGUGGUUAAAGUUGCGAAUGGAGUUUAUAAACCAUCUAAAGGUUAGACCUUUCCCCGUGGAAAACAUCUUUUUUUUAAUUUUUCAGAAAAAUUGCGGUUUGAUUUGAUUCAAUUAUUCACAACAACAAAAUCAGCCAAAAAUGGGUUGAAAAUGAAAUUAGAAAGAAUUGAUGAGACUUCGGCCAGAUUGAAAUUUGCGGCGAAAUUGCAAAUUGAAGAAUCGCAAUUUUUCAAAAAAUGUCACAAGGAAAUUGAAAACUUGAAAGAUAAAUUAAAAAAUGAAUCUUGA